CAGCCAUGGCGUUUGUACGGUUCCUCCUUUUCUAUAGUUACCUUUUUGGUUUAUUCUGUGGUUACCUCUGGGCGGAGGAGCACUUCAUUGUGGGUGGGCAGAAUGCCGCUGAAGGAGAUGCCCCCUAUCAGGUCUCGUUGCAAACACUUUUGGGUAGUCACUUAUGCGGUGGCGCCAUCAUUUCGGAUCGUUGGAUACUCACAGCGGGUCUUUGUGUCAAAGGUUAUCCAGCCAGCAGACUUCAAGUGGCAACUGGAACAAUUCGAUAUGCCCAACCAGGAGCCGUGUACUAUCCGGAGGCCAUUUAUCUACACUGCAAUUAUGAUACUCCCAAGUAUCAGAAUGAUAUUGGCCUGCUGUUCUUAAACGAGAGUAUCAGCUUUAAUGCCUUAACUCAGGCGGUUGCGCUACCAACUACCUCCUUUCCUCGAGGCAGUUCCGAUCUAGUUUUCACCGGCUGGGGAUCCCAGUCGGCGGCUGGAAGCUUACCAUCCCAAUUGCAACGCGUUCAGCAGCAACAUCUCAGCAGUCAGGCAUGCAAAUCCAUGCUAGUAGUCUACGAAGAUCUGGAACUGGGUCCCUGCCACAUUUGUGCCUAUCGGCAGGCCAACAUUGGAGCCUGUCACGGUGACUCUGGAGGUCCAUUGGUUCAUCAGGGUACUCUGGUGGGCGUACUAAACUUUUUCGUACCCUGUGCUCAGGGAGUGCCGGAUGUGUUUAUGGAUGUCAUGUACUACUACGACUGGAUAAGACAAACGAUGAGUGGCAAUGGCAAGUGCCCGCAGGUCAAUCAGCAGAUAAUAAAUGGCUAAAAACC